AUGGAUUCAGGAAGCCAUUUUAGAGUUUUUAGACAGUCUUAUUAGUUGUUCUACAAACACAACAACACUGUUUAACAUCUCUUCUCUCUCGUCCUCCGUGUCCUGGCACCUCUCCUCCCUCCGUCCAUGCUCCAGGAUGGUGGAUGUAGGGGGUCAAAGGUCAGAGAGGAGGAAGUGGAUCCACUGUUUUGAGAACGUCACUUCCAUCAUGUUCCUGGUAGCCCUCAGCGAGUACGACCAAGUACUGGUGGAAUCUGACAACGAGAACCGUAUGGAGGAGAGUAAGGCGUUGUUCAGGACCAUCAUCACCUACCCCUGGUUCCAGAACUCCUCAGUCAUCCUGUUCCUCAACAAGAAGGAUCUGCUGGAGGAGAAGAUCUCAUACUCCCACCUGGUCGACUACUUCCCUGAGUUUGAUGGUCCCCAGCGAGAUGCCCAGGCAGGCCGGGAGUUUAUACUGAAGAUGUUUGUGGACCUGAACCCGGAUAGCGACAAGAUCAUCUACUCCCACUUCACCUGCGCCACGGACACCGAGAACAUCCGCUUCGUCUUCGCUGCCGUCAAAGACACCAUCCUGCAGCUCAACCUCAAAGAAUACAACCUGGUCUGAGAGACUCUUGCACACACACACACACUCUUCCCAGUUGCACAGCUUAGCCUACACGCGCGCGCACACACACACACACACACACACACACACACGGACACACGGACACACACACGGACACCUAUGAAGCUUACACACACCUACAUGUCUAGUUGAUCUUUCCCCCUCCUGCUUAUCACUCCAGCGAUUUAAGACCCCUCUCUUCCAAUAUCUCUCCUCCCAUCCGCUCUCUCAUUCCUUCCCUCUUUCUACCCUUUUGCCAUAAGCCUGUCCUCUCCCUCGUUCUCAGCAGCUUGUUAGUCUCCUCUUCUCCACACCACACAUACACACACGCCAUGCAGUAUACAGUGACUACGGGAGGGGACAAUGGGUGUAUGUGUGUGAGAAGGUGAGGAAGAGGACCAGUGUGGUCAGUGAACUGUGGGUCUUUAACCCUUGAACCCUCAGUCAACUAGCCUGAGAUCACAUCCUCUGAUUUGGUGGAAGGAGUGACCCAACCGCAAGGCAAAAAACACCUGAGAGGGUGACGUUUUACACUCUAUAAGGGAGGGGCUAAAGACUGGGAGGGGGGUGGAGACGAUGAGGUAACAAAGGAAGCCACUAGGACCCGAGCAGGAAGUGAUGUCACACACAAGUGAGGAGUCAGACCAAGGAUUCUGUUUGCACCUCGCAUUGAUGAAUGUAUACUCCGAGUGAUCGUUGCAAACGCAAAAAAAUAUAUAAUUAAAUAUGUUAUAAAGUAAUUACAUAUGUAGACAAAAUACACGAAGACUGAAAGCACCAGAGGGAGAGGAAAAAGCGAAUUGAUUAAAUAUGUGUUUCGCUGAGCUUUUUUACAAAUAGUUUUUAAUAAUAGUAACUUGUUGCUACGUCAACUUCUAUCCGACGACUAAGAAGUGGUUUGAAAAGUUUUAGAAGCGGUUAACAAAACAAAAUCUCGUAUUUAAAAAAUUUGCAAAAUUGCCAAAAUAUCACAAAAACAAGAUGGUAACCAGAAACUGACUCUAAUUUUAUCCUUUACAGACGGCUGUGGUUGUUCAUGUUUAGGUUUGAUCACAUCGCUUCCCUCCUUCACUGGUAUACUGACUGAUACACCGGAACCUUCCGUUUGACAUCCGCAGUACCACGUUCUGUUUGAUACACGCUACAUUAAGAUUACCGAACAUCCGAUACUCGCUACUAUGUUCUGAUUGGACAGUUGCUGAGGGGGAGGGAGUCAUGUAUGGAUAUGAUGUCAUCACCGUACGGUACAUCAGUCUGUGAAAGAAUGACAUCACGUGUUAAGUCGCCCAGCGACCCAAUUAGAUGUGCUCUGGAGAUUCUGGGCAAUCCAUCCCCACAAAUGACACGGUGGCAUCCAUUAUUCCAGACACACAGGAAGCUAUAUGUUGUUUACCUUCUUUUUUUUUUACUGUAUAGACACUUUUGUUUGUUGAUGAGAGGUGGUUGUUGAUUGGUGGGAGCAGGAGACGUAAGAUCCUGUCUCCCAGAUGGCCAGGCAAGCAUACUCUGAAGUCAAAAAGUUAUUGUUUGUGUAUAUUUCUGUUUGUAAAUAUAUGUACACAGAAACGCUCCUGUACAAAAACACUCUGUGGUACAGUACACCAUCUUUGGCAACAACAGAAAAAAGAGAAGAAAAUCCAUUUUUUUCCCGAUAGUGUACUGUUUUUGUUUUCCUAUGAAUUUACUAGUAUUUAUACUGUGAUUCUGGAUUUGUUUGAUUAUUGAUAAUCAGUUGAUUAUAAGAGGACUACACACAUAGAGGGCUGCAGUGAGAGGAAAGGAACAGUCUCAGAACAGAGGUUCUUAACCAUCAGGAGCCUUCUAGUCUAGAACCUUCAGAACAUUCUAGAUCCUCGGCUCUCCUCUGCAGCUUCUCCCUACUAACACUAGAGCAGAUUAGUUAUUCACAAUAUGUUGACAAAAGACAUGAUAUUAAAAGAGUAACUAAAUAAAGAUUUUUUUUUUUUUUUUAAUUUAUCUAAUAAUUUAUGGAACCAGGUUUGAAGGUGUUGAUAAUUUGACUGCUUUUGUUUCUAUCAUGUUGAAAUGCGGUCGGGGCUAGACUUGAGUCUAAACUGCUGUAACAAAACAAACGUCUACUAUAGUAUGUACUAAAUCUCUGCUUUCUUUUUUUMUCUUAAGACAAUUCCAGAUGUACUUUGCCAUUCUAUCUAUAUCCAUGUUAAAUUCUAUGGUUUUCUUCUCACAUUAAGUCAYUUUGUUUCGUUUCAUUGAUGAAAACUUGUAUUUCUCCUCUUGGGUUUCUAAUAGGCACAGCUCUGUAACUGCAUACAUAGGAAAUGUACCAUAUGAACGUAGGUGAAUUUUUAUAACCAGUGAUUGGAGACCAGUACGGUCUAUGCUUGCUCUGUCGUUGUAAUUUAAACACAGUUUGCGUUGUCG